AUGUCGUUGAACGGGUUGGACCAUCCUGCUGUGGUAGACGCCUACAACUCAGCCAUUGCAGAAGCAGGAGGAUGGUUCCUGCUCCUCUAUGUGUCGCGAGACUCUGUCGAGCUCCUUGGACGCGGAAAAGGCGGCGUUCUGGAAGCGAGGGCCGAGCUGGCGAAGUAUGAGGAUCAAUCUCCGCUAUAUGGCCUCUUAAUCUACCGACGACGGAAGAUAUUGAUCAAAUACGUACCGGAAGGCACAUCGCGUCUACUCCAGGCACGAACCGCUGUCCACAUUCAGGAAUUCCUACAACGCUAUUCGCCAUAUGAAACGCUCUUGGAAAUUAGCAAUUCAGACGAACUUAAUGAUACGUCACUUGCUGCAUCGUUCCCAUUGCAUACGGCGUCUACUGCAACUUCGUCAAACCGGCUAAACGAAAUCAGCGAGGAUGGCGAGGAUCAUGGCGCGGUGCCAGAACGGCCUAGCAUGCCUGCGCAAGCUUCGUCAACUUCGCUGUUACGCUCGCAACGAUGGAAAACUGAAAUGCGCAUGGACCAGCUGGUUGGUGGUGACCGCGCGAGAAAGCCACCGCCGUCUAUACAAAUUACGUCCGAGAACUCUUCGCCCAUCACCUCGCCACUUGCGUCUCCUGGCAAAACGUCGAUCUCGCAGUUUCUGGUCUGGGACGAGUCCGGAAAGCACACGAUGACGUCGCUUGGCUCACAGCCUUCGCUGGCAUCUAUAACCGAUUACGCAGGUUCUGAGAAAUCCGGCAAGAGUGCAGAGUCUACCACAACUGCUGGCGAAUCCGGACAAACCACAGUGGCCAAGCCGAUGGCGGAGACGACGAAGCCAGCACCAAUGGAGACUCCGAGCGACAAGAGCACUUUUCCAGAACGCGCAGCUUCCGUAUCCUCAGACAAGGUGUCGGCAGGGCGCUCAAGCAUAUCCGAGCGGCCAAGUCUUACAGAAACUGCUCGUAAGUCGGGCACAGAGGAGCCGUACGAUUUCAGCUAUCUGGACUCCAAGCCCAAAGUCAAACUCGGACCUCGUCUUGUCUCGGAGGGCAAACGCGCGACAGCAGCGACAGUGUCUGCGAUGCCAGCCACUCUUCGAAUGGCUCAAAAGAAAACCGAGUCAGUGAGCCGUCCAAAGUCGCAAGGACCGGGAACUGCACUACACUCGUUCCCGGGUAUGGUACCUGCGCCACCACCAAUACCGAACGUGCCGGAGUACAAUCCGAGGCCGGUGUCGCGAGGAAGCGUGAAGUCUAUGCCGUCACACAAGUCCACCGCAUUGACGCCGGAUAAGGUGCGCUUGAUGAAGGCCGUGGAGUUGCGGAAGAAGCAACUGCGUAAAUCGAACCCGCAAGCUGCCACUUUCAAGCCACCAGCCGAUGAAGAGAAGCCUGCUGUGCCUGAAAUACCAAGCGGGCUGAAGUCAGCGCCAGAUCCGCAAGCCGAGAAGGCGCACAAUCGAGACCCCGAAGCAGAGAUGCAGAUGAGCGAGGAGCAGCCAGCAUCGUCCAAGAAAGCCGACUCGGGCAUUGAAAUGAGCUAUGAUGAUGCUGCGCAUAGAGAGCGCAUUAGCGGAGCUCCAUCGACUGCGAACGAGGCCCUCCAAGCCUCUUCAGAUCCCGCAACCUUGCAGCAAUUGCAGUCUGGCUCACCGAAGGCUAAGUUACUGAAGCUGGAGACAUCGAACGAACACCUGGCCGAGCGGGCAAUCGAGCACGACACGCAGCCGAAAGCCACAGACGCCAUGCUUGGAGAAGGUUUGUCAAAGUCACACUUCGCGCAUCUACAAAGCUCAGCGGCGACAGAUAGCCCUGCGUUUGGACGGACUCCUGAUGCGGUACACACAAGCCCAAUUACUGAGCCGGAGGCAGCUAAGGUGCCAGCCAUUGUUAUGGCUGAUGGCUCCCAGCCGAUGACUCACAGCCGGCAGGCAUCUCGAAAUGAUGUUGUCCCAGAGCCGGUUGUAGAAAACGAGACUGCACCUUCACAGGACGAACAAGCAGACAUUGAGAUCGUGGACGGUCCAAAAUUGGGCCGCCGCCAGAAUAGCGAUCUCGCGAAGCGAAGAAGAGGCAUUGUGGAGCCGUUGCACAUCGAGGCGCAGAGCGAGGGCGACCUGGACUCUGAUGAUGAGUUUCUGGAGGAGCUACAGACUGCUACGUUGCAACAAGCGAAGCCAAUGACCAUGAGGUCCCCGAUCCUCCCUUCGUUUCCGCGCCGGCCAAGCGCGCAGUCAGUGCACUCCGACCGGUCUGCUCCAUCCGUGCGAUCGGUCACCAUCCGGAAGUCUUCCUCGAACCUAGUCGACCGAGUCGACACGAAUACGGAGCAUGGCUCUCCGCAGCAGGAAGACGCGCAGACGGUCCGGGAUAGCUCGGUUUCAACACCGCCAUAUGAACGGAACGAUCCAUUACAGGGCUACAGCAAGAAUAUGUCUUUGGGAAUCACAAGACGCAUACAAGCACUGGCAGAUUUGUCCGGCCAAGAGUCAGCGUCCGCCAACCCUGCCCAAUCACCAACGUCUGAGACUUCGCCCCUUACAACAUGGCGGGAGCGCAAGGGCGCAGUUCGAAGUCCACCAGGUUCACGUACUCCCUCCAUGAAGGCCGCUGCUCGGUACAGCGGUCGAUCAAGUGGACAUUCAGCACUGGCGUCUCCCCCGUUGUCGCAGGGAGAGAACGCACCGGUUUAUAACAUCCAGCACGACCCGACAUUGAACCGUGACUCUGUAUCAGUGACGGCGCGUAUAGUCCGGACUUCAAUGAUUGGCGAAACCGAAGAAGUCGUCGAAGACGGACGCCUACAGCAAUCGCAACUCGUCAUCAAUCACAAACGCGCAUCAGGAACGCAGGCCCGCAAUACAAACAAGCCGCUCCCACCGCUGAAUACCGACCAGCCCAUACAUCGCGUGGAGUCCGCGCCGCCCAUGGGACCGAACGAACUAACUGGCAGCGGUCCCGUUGAGCAUCGCACAAUGCAUUCUGCCAGCCGAAGAUCGUUCGGCAGACACAGACAAGCGCCUAUGUCACCUAUUACGCCUUCAGCAGACGACUUCCCGCCACCGCCAGUGUUCAAAAGCUUCUCAACGACUUCCAUUACAUCUGCUAGCGACGAGAAUGCGGCCGUUAAGGACAGCAGCAGGACGAGUCGAUGGCUGAAGCGGAUGAGUAAUCUUGGAAGCAAGGACAAGAGGCGGAGCGGCGCGCUUUUGUCGAGUGCAGGGUCGAGCGCAGCCGACGUGACGAGCCCAGCGACAGCAGCGACGAGGAAUCCGAGUAUACCGCAGCAUGAUAAGGCGGACAUGCCACCUCCUGUGGUGCUCGGGGACCUCAAUGCGCAGUUUCCGGACUCUCUGCUUUGGAAACGCCGCAUAGUCACGCUCGACGGUGAAGGCAACGUCCUUUACGCCAUACCGCAAGCUCUUGACGUUCAUAAAGGGACAGCGCCGAAGAAAUAUCAUUUGAGUGAGUUCAAAAUACCAUACGCGCCGGAUCUGGAUCGCCAGGAGUUACCACACUCGAUCAUGCUCGACUUUAUUGAUGGAGGCACCACGCUGCAGGCCGCCUGCGAAGAUGCCAUGACGCAGCGGCAGGUGCUGCAUGUGCUGAGGAGCUAUUGGAAGGCUUGGGCAACGAAUGCUUGA